AUGGUGCAGGAGGGCGGGGGGGGGCCGCCGGGGCCGCGGCCGGGGGAGCGCGGCCCGAAGCCGGAGCCGGCCCUCCGCCGAGCCCGCGCCGCGCAGGAGCCGCGCCCGCUGCCGUGCACCCCGCUCCUCUCCGCCGCGGCUCCGCUCCGCUGGGCCGUGCGAGCCGGGAUCCACCCGCCCGGAGAGGCGGAGCGGAGCUCGCAGCCCAACGCGCGGCUGCACGCUCGCCCCGAGCGGGAGAUCUUCCCCGCCGCCCGGACCCGGGCCGGACCCGCCUCCUCCCAGCGGGGCUGCGGGGACCCUACCUGGAUCCGAGGGGAGGAAAUCCCUCGGUGCGGGCUGGAGGCGACCGUUCGUUUUGAACUGGAGCUGGAAAUGCAGCGGCUCUGCUCCAGGUUUAAUACAUUCACUAAGCCGCAGAUAGACGACUGCUCAACAUUUGCAUCCAAGCUGUUGCACACAGUUAUGGCUCAUUUCCCCGUCUGGACAUUCUGCUCUGAAGAAAAUCCCAGUGGUGCAAACAAAGUUUUUCCCCAGUGCUGGGAUGGAGCGGUGACCCAUUGCCAUCCCCAUAGCUUGGUGCUUUGUGACCAUCCGUGUGCACAGAGGGUGAGAAAGACAAAACAUUGUUUUUCCAUCAAACGGGAACGAUCCCACCCAAUACCAGGAAUCUUGCUAGAAGAAGUCCAGAUGACAAGUUCUCAGAAAACACUGUCAGCUGCUGACAUCCAGCUUCAAGAGCCGUGCUCCAGCGUUAACCAUAACCAAGGGGGACAGCGCAUCGCCUGGCGCAUCCUAAAGUGCCACGAGACGCCUGCACCCCACAACGGCCCCAUUUCACACCAUGGGGAAGGAGCCACUUCAGUGCACUCCCCAGCAGAAUGUACACAAACGUGACUCUCCUUCACAUCGGUAAUAAACAGCCUCUUGCUUUGCUAUCUGCCCCGUGUUUAUUUUCCCAUUUGCUGGCGCGGUGGAUGGUAAUAGAAUAUGACACUGAUGGGAUACAGGCUGCUGCAGACCCAGACUGGUUCUGCUUGUU